GGAUUCUAUUUUUAAAAAUUAGGACUAUUACUGUCAUAAUUUUAGCAAUAACGUGGUGGCUAUCGAAAAAUGAUACCUAACUUAUAGUACUUUAAGUCAUCCUUUUCGAGUUUAAAGGAUCAAUGUUAUAAAAUAUGGAAAACUUAACCGUCCUCUUAAUUUUCGUGAGUAUACGAAUAGCUUCAGUAUUUUUAACACAAACGUAUUUCGUACCUGAUGAGUAUUGGCAAUCUAUCGAGGUAGCACAUAAAAUAGUAUUUGACUAUGGAUAUUUAACAUGGGAAUGGAUUAAUGGUAUCCGAAGCUACAUACAUCCCUUAAUCUUUGCUGUUUUGUACAAAUGUCUUGAAUUAACUGGAUUAGAUAAUCCACAUGCACUGAUUUAUGGUCCAAAAAUAUUACAAGCAUUGCUUAGUGCAUAUUCGGAUUUAUGUUUUUAUAAAUGGUCUGGAAGUAAAAAGUGGUCAGUAUUUAUAAUAUCCAGCUCUUGGUUUUGGUUUUACACAGGAUCUCGUACCUUGAUAAAUAGUUUUGAAUGUGCCUUAUCCACUAUAGCCUUAAAUCAGUUUCCAUGGCCUGGAAAAGGGAAAGAUGACAAUAACAAAUUUAUAGCUCUAAUAGCAAUUUUGUUUGCCAUUCGUCCAACUGGUAUAAUAUUAUGGAUACCACUCUGUUUAUACCAUCUGACUAUUAUAAAAACUGGUAUUAUGAAAACGGUUUUUCUAAGAUAUAUGCCUAUUGGUCUUCUUGUGUUAACAAUUUCAACACUCCUAGAUAGUUGGAUGCAUGGUUCAUUCCUAGUAACUGGUUAUGAAUUUGUCAAAUAUAAUUUCUAUUAUAACAUAGGUGAGUUUUAUGGAUCUCAUCCAUGGCAUUGGUAUUUAUCCUCGGGAAUACCAGCAAUCUUUGGUAUUAAUUUAAUACCAUUUGUUAUUGCCACCAUAGUUGUUCUUAAAAACAGACAGGUUUAUCCUAAUGAGUUAAUAUUGUUGGGAACUGUGGUAUUUACUGUAAUAGUUUAUAGUUGUUUGCCACAUAAGGAAUUUAGGUUUCUCUUGCCAUUAUUACCCAUUGUAUUUUAUAUAUCUUCAAGAUUUUUAUCUAGUUGGAGCAGAAAAGCUAAUACAAUACUCUUAUGGGCGGUUGCAAUCAUAAUAUUUACUGGUAAUUUGGGACCAACCUGGUACUUUAGCUUUGCCCAUCAAAGGGGAACUUUGGAUGUGAUGGAUCCCUUAAGAGAAAUUGCUUCUAAUGAUACCAGUAACAAACAUUUUCUAUUUUUAAUGCCAUGCCAUUCUACACCAUAUUACAGUCAUUUGCACGUUAACGUUUCCAGUAGAUUUUUAACGUGCGAACCAAACUUUAACAAAUCCAAUACACAUUAUAUUGAUGAGGCUGACACAUUUUAUAAUAACCCCAAUGUUUGGCUAAGACAACAUUAUCCACCAAACGGAACAUUACCCAGUCAUAUUAUAAUGUUUGAUUCAUUGGCAGCUGGUGUUUCAGAUAUUUUAAGCAGGUACAAAUUAACCCAUCAAAUAUUUCAUACGAGUUUUCCAACUUCCAGAAUUGGGCGUUUUGUGUUAAUCCAUGAACUCCUUAGCAAAAUUUAGUUAUAUAAACAAAAAAAUGGCCUUAAAUUGCUCAAUUAAGUGUUCAAUUAGGUAAUAAGUAAGUAAGUCAAUUAUUAAAAUUAUAAUUGUUUUUAGCAAUAAUUUUAUAUCACUAGCAAGAACUGCCGUUUUUUAUUUUUCAAUUAUGUUAGUAGUUAUAGUACAAAAAUAUACAUUGAAAAUUUAAAAUAAUUUAACUAGUCAAAAUCUACCAAUUUAUUAAAAUUGUUUCGCAUUUGUAGAUAUAUUUGUUACUACAAGGUGGCGCAAAAGUUGUCACCCGAUGUUCUUUGGCUGUAAUUUUUUUUAUGAAUGAAAAACUUUGGAUCUGCUUUUGGAUUAUGUUUAUUUGAUGUCUUAAAUUUUUUUUCAUUAGGUCGAGAAAAUUAUAUCGGUCAAGUGGCCGCCGCCAGAAUUGAUGACCAUACGGGCCCGAUUUAUGGCAUUUUCCAUCACUCUUGCCAGAACUUCCGGCGAUAGGUUCACGCAUUCUUGACGAAUAUUAUCUUUGAGGGCUUCAAGAGUCUGAGGCUUGUUUACAUAGACUCGUGACUUUAAAAAACCCCAUAAAAAGAAGUCUGGAACGGUUAAAUCGGGCGAACUGGCCGGCCAGUGGAAAUUGCCAAAACGAGAGAUUAGGCUACCCGGAAAUGCAGCCUGCAGAAUUUCGGUUGUGGCUCGGGCAGUAUGCGCCGUUGCUCCAUCCUGUUGAAACCACAUGUUCUCCAGUCCGAAUUCAUCCAAUUGAGGAAGGAGAAAGUCGUUUAGCAUGGCUCUGUAGCGCUCACCGUCCACAGUAGUCGCUUGGCUUGCGGCUUUUCAAAAAAAUAAGGCCCGAUGACGCCUCCAGCGUAAACAGCACACCAUGCAGUAACUUUGAGCGGGUGCAAUGGCUCUUCGUGGGUUAUACGCGGAUUUUCGGUGCCCCAGAAGCGAUAAUUUUGUUUAUUAACAUAUCCACAGAUAUGGAAAUGGGCCACGUCGCUCAUGAUGAUUUUGGAUGAAAAAUUGUCUUCGUCGUGGUCCGCAAAAAAAUCGCGUUCUUGAGGAGUAUAGCGAUCCAUGUCUAGUUGACGUGUAUUUUGUAUGUGUUGACUUCACAAAUGUCAAAACAGAAUUGAUAUUUGCUGCCAUUUGCAAAAAUUAUAGCAUCUUCCAAUAGGGUGAUGACUUUUGCGCCACCUUGUAUAUCUAUAUAGUAACAAAUACUUACCAAAUGUUUUUCAAACAGGUUGUUUUAUAAAAGUGUUAAUUUCUAGUAUUUAUAAAGAUAUUUAUGUAGCCAUUCAAUUUUGUUGGCAUAUUAAAAAUAGUCAUGUAUUAACUUAAUACUAUUAAGUAUUUUCACGCUAAAAAAUACAGUGGGGAUAUUUUUCAGCGGCGACUACAUACCUGGUGUAGGUACUUCCACAAAUCAAAUAUUCAAACUAUUCGAAUAGUUGGAAUGAUUAUUAAAAUGUUUAAAAAUUAAAUAAUUAAUUAUUUGAUGAAACAAUUUUUGUUACAAAUUUAUAAUCAAGGGAAUAGUUUAACUUAAGUUAAAGUUUCGAAUUAUUUAAACUUUUCAUAAUAAUUUGAUUUUUUUGAAACAAUGAAACUGUUGAACUGUUACAAUAGUUCAAAUAUUAAAAUAGUUCGAAUAUUCAAUUAAAAUUUUACACAUUUUAAGUAUCUGAAUCAUUUCUAAAAGCAGGGUAACUAUAUAAAAACGCAAUGCGUUUUAAAAAUGCAUAGCGAAGUUCAACUAUUACCCAACGCCAGUAAUUGGGCGACUGAAUAUCUGUCGUCACCGUGUGAAUUAUUCCCCCACUCUCAAGUGUAUACAUACAAAUUAAAAAUACCUAUAUGUAGUAAUAUAUCAUAUUUAAAAUUCUGUGAAAAAACUCUAUGUAAAUUAGUUGAUUCAUUUUUUCAUAAGUAACUAUUUAACCUCCAACUGCUAAUGUGCGGUUUAGGAUACCACAACCUUUUUAUUUGUGAAAUAACGAAAACUAAAACAAUUUAUUUUAUACCUAUCAUUAAUCAUAAAGAAACAGGUUUCUAUAAAUAUUCUGCAAAAAAAUUUUAGCCAAGGUAUGUAGAAGCCACUAAAAUGUGUUUAACAAAACUUCAGUUUGACAAAGAAUGCAUAAUUUUUUUGUGGAAACCAAGGUGGUAAAAAAAGAAAAAUGAGCAAAAUUCCAAAAUAAAUAUUUUAUUACGUUUGUGUUUUUCAAAAUUAUUUUAUAAUUUAAAAAAUCGGAUAAAUAUAUCCUAUAGGUUUUUAGACUCAUACAGUGUAAUUUACGAUUUUUUACGAAAUUGCUUAUGAGACCAAUAUAAAUUAAACAAUAAAUAGGAAUGGGCCAAGGCCUCUUACUGCAAUUAAGUACUGGGAAUACCUACGGUUAUUCUAAAUAUGCGGAUUCAAAAUCUUAUUUCUAGGAAAACAUACGGAAACUAUUAUUAUUUGAGAACUAACUGGUACGCUAUGCUAUAGCAUUAUAAUCUGCCUCAGAGACUGCAUGCUAUGAAUGUCAGUACAAUUAAGUAUCGUAGAUAAAAUAUAUCUGUGGUAUUAUAGACCUUAUAAUUUACAAGUAUAUACGAAAUUGCUUAUAAGACUAAUAUAAAUUAAAUACUAAAAUGGCAUAUUGUAGUUAAGUACUGGAAAUAAAUACAGUUAUUUUAAGUAAAUCUUAAAUAUGGUGAUUCAAUUCUUAAAAUAUGUUGUUAUUAGGGUUUAUACGGAAACUACUAUUAUUGGAGAAAAAUAGUACAAAUAGUAUAUCUGGUACGCUAUCGCUAACCUAAGGUCUCAGAGUCCGCUAUGAAUAAAAUGUUAGUAAAAGUCAAGGAUCUUAGGAUCGUGAUACCAUAAGACCUAUAAGUUUUUGUAGUCACACAGUGUAAUUUACAAGUAUAUACGAAGUUGAUUAUAAUACCCCUUGUGGAAAUUUUCUUCUGAGAAAGUUUUAAUAAGAGUUUUAAAGUCUUACUUUCUUUUAAAAAGUCUGAAUAAGACUUAUUAAGUCGGAAAGUCUGAAUAAGUCAGACUAAUAGCAAGAUUUGGGAGUCUUCUGGAAGAGUUAAUAAGACUUUUUAAUUUAAUUUAAUUAUUCAGAGAUGUUUGGACCAAAUAAUUUGGUUAUUGAAAAAUAAAGCACAAUAAAAAGUAUUUAUAAAUACUGUUUUUGUGUUGUUAUAAUGCCUAUAAAAACACGGAAGC